CAAAGGGAGAAGGGAGGACCGGGCGGGUAGGAGGCGAGAGGCCGGGGAAGAGAGGAGGGAGGCAGCUCGCAGAGAGGGACGGGACGGGACCCGGCGCCCCGCGGGCCAUGCGCCUCCUGGCCACGGCGCUGGCCGCCCUGCUGGCCUCGGCCCCGGCCCCAGAUGUUUCUGAGGCUUUAAAUGUGACAGUCUCUCCAGGACCAACAGUGCGAUACUCUGAGGGAGAUAAUGCUACCCUCUACUGCCACAUUUCUCAAAAGAGAAAGACAGACAAUUUGCUGGCUGUGCGGUGGGUCUUCGCUGCAUCACCUACCCAGGAGUAUCUGAUGAUCAAAAUGACAAAGUUUGGAUCUGUCCAGUAUUAUGGAAAUUAUACUCAUCGUUUCCACAAGCAAAGACUUCAUCUUCUUAAAGAGAAACAUGGAACUAUGUACAAAUUUCUUAUUCUAAGUCUCCAGCAAACAGAUCAAGGACAUUAUAUAUGCAAAGUCCAGGAAAUUGGCAAACACAGGAAUAAGUGGACAGCAUGGUCAAAUGGCACAGCAGCUACUGAAAUAAGAGUGAUUUCAUCAAAAUCUGAUGAUGAUCCCACUCUCAAGAAAAACCAUGAAGCUUGGAAAUUUUUUGAAGAUCUGUAUGUGUAUGCAGUGUUUGUGUGUUCAAUAGGAAUUAUCAGCGUUCUCCUUUUUACACUUGUCAUUCUCUGUCAGUCACUUCUGAACAGGAGGAGAUCCACAGUGAAGCAUUACCUGGUGAAAUGCCCCCAGAACAGCUCUGGGGAGACAGUUACCAGUGUGACAAGCAUGUCCCCUCUACAGCCCAAGAAGGUAAAGAAAAAAAAAGAGAAAGAGAAACUGGAGCAGCCACCAGCCAUCCCAGCAAAAGCUCCAAUAGCCAAUAAUUUUCCUAAGCCCAAGCUCUUGAAACCUCAAAGAAAAUUGAUCCUGCCAAAAAUCGCAGAGGAGAAUUUGACAUAUGCUGAACUUGAACUUAUGAAGCCGAUUCAGGAAGCCAAAGGCACUCCCAGCACGACAGUCUACGCACAGAUACUCUUUGAGGAGAACAAGCUGUAAUAGUUCAUGCCUGUAUAAAUGUCCUUUGUCUGUGUACUAUUUAAUUUUUGCUGUGCUGUUUAUUUAUAAAAAUCAUACAAAUA